CAAAAACAAGCGCGGGCGCCGACGGUGCUUAGAAAAAAAUUACCGUUUUUUGUAAAUAGAACCGUUGUGGGGGUUCAAAAUGAUUCAAGCUGUUGCGUCUCUUCUGGCUUUUUUAAUGUCUGUCUCGGGACAAGUGAUUGAAGCUUCAGAUUUUGUCUCGCCUUGCCCUAGUGUAUUCAAAUAUGAACCACCGGGAACUGAAGCUGGGAAGUGGUACGGUGUUGUGAACUUUACUUCGGAGUUUACCCUCUAUGGACUUUGGAUGAACAUUGUGCUCGACGGCAAGGCUGAUAUCCUUGGGAACUGGAUAGGCGAGGUAACGACUGAUGAUAAUAUAGACUUCAAAAUAGAAAAUACUAAAACGAAAAUCAGUCCCGAGGAACCUCUCAGUGUACGUUUUUUUGUUCAGUAUAAAGCUCAAAAUUUUAAGCCUAAGUUAAAGGCCAUAAGACUAAAUGGAAGAGAAAUAUGUAAUAUAGAAAUCCCUCAAGUUAGUGAAAGUCCAAAAACUGUAACGGAACAAAUUGUUUACGACGUGUGGUCCAGAGAAACCGAUACGACUACGGUGCGACCUUCAGUAACGUCAUCUACGAUCAGUCAUAAACACCAAACGACAUCAACGCAACAAUAUUGGUACCAACAGGUUGACAAGCAACGAACUACUACAAAAUCUUAUUGGCCACAAACAACGACACAAAAUGUUUACCCAGUGAAAUCUGUUAGCAGACAAACGACAACAACAAAGCCACAGUUCUGGACGGACACAAAAACUACAGAAAGUACCGCACGUACUACUUCAAAACACCAAUACUGGCAACAAACGACCAUAAAACCAGUAUUUUGGACUAAAAGGGAAGACAAAACCGAAACAACUGCAAAACCUCAACUUUGGCCUUACGUCAAGGUAGAUAACACCCAGCAAACAAAAGUUGAAGACAAAAUAAAUACUACCUCGGAAAAUAAUACAAUAUCUAAAGUGCAAACUUGGUCACACAGUAGAGUUACCAGUAACAAAAACAAAACCAAAGGUCAUGUUCAAAAUUCAAGUAACUGGUCUAAAAAUAAUGAAGUACAAAAUGUAGAAAAUAAUCAACAAUCAAAUACGUCUGUCUAUAUACAGCCUGCAAAUGAAAGUACAUACUAUACUACGGAUAAAACUGUAGUUUGGUCAAUUGCGAAGGUGACAAAGAACCAAACCAAUUCAUUAUCAGAAACUAAAAUAGAAAACAACUCACAAGCACUAGAUAAACAAGAAGUGCAAAUAAAACAUUGGCCGAAAAUUCCAGCAGACAAUAUCACUUUAGGUGUACCAAAACCAACUGAAACGGACAGUUCAUCUUUCAUAUGGGUUGAAAGUCAGCCGACAUAUUCUGGAGCUGGGCAUCGUAACCAGACAUAUGACAGACUAUCUGUAUCAGGAACUCGCACUGAACGUCCAACACAUAAUACUCCAAUAUAUGUCCGACCUGAAGACAGAGAAAGGGUAUCAGAUGACAGGUACCAAGCUGGAGAAUAUUCACAGAGUGCAAAUAGGCAAGAAUCGGAAAAGACCCAAAAAGUAAGUUCAGCGAAUAUUAAUCAAAAGACAGAACAGCAUUACGACGUGGAAGAAGAUCGCCUAGUUGUGAAACCAAUAAAAAGAACUGAUGGUGAUGUACCGAAACAGAAUUGGUCUAAUGAAAAAACUUCGGCAUGGCCUGGAGACAGGGCUCAAAGUUAUAUUGGUCAUAAUAACAAACACAAAAUGGGAUUAGAAGCAGAUGAUGAUGGCUAUAUUAAAUAUAGCGAUGACAUAAUGAAGCAUUUGGAUGAAAACAGUAAAUCACGUUAUACACACAAUAGUUAUCAGCUGACCACAGACGCGCCACCUGCAGCAUUGUUCUAUAAGCCAAUGUCAGACGACUAUGACUUGCCGAAAAAAGAAGAUAAGAUCGAAUACUACGUCGGAGGAUUGCCAAUUUUCUACAUACCCAACCACGCACCACGACCUAAGACAGAAUUGUUGUGUGGACACGUGUUAAUGAAUAAAGAUAAGAAGAGUGAUCGAAGUGUAACCGCUACACUGGAGGGACAGUGGCCGUGGCAAAUAGCAUUAUACCAGCAACAAACUUCAGUAGACUUCAGGUAUAUUUGUGGAGGUACCCUGGUGUCCAGACGGCACGUCGUCACUGCGGCUCACUGCGUCACCAAGAAGUUUUCAACCAGGGUCGUCAAUCAGAACACCCUGACGGUCUACCUGGGGAAGCAUAACUUGAGGAACUCCGUUGAAGGAGUACAAGUGAAGUUUGUAAGCAGAAUAUUCGUCCAUCCAGAUUAUAACUCGACAGUCUUCAGCUCAGACCUGGCAAUCUUGGAGCUUCGUGAUGAGGUCACGUACUCCGACCGAGUCCAACCUGUUUGUCUGUGGCCUGAAAAAGAAACGGAUAUCAAAUACGUCGUGGGCGACAGGGGUUCCGUGGUAGGUUGGGGAUACGAAAGUACAGGGAAGGCGAGAGAGGAGCUAACACUGCUGGAGAUGCCUGUAGUAGACCAGCAGACCUGUCUCAAUUCUUACGAACAAUUCUUUGGAAUUUUCACCUCCGAUAAGACGUUCUGCGCUGGAUAUAGAGACGUUGGUUCUGCCUGCAACGGUGACAGUGGAGGCGGUAUGGUCUUCGAGAAAGAUGGCGCUUGGUACCUUAGAGGAGUGGUGUCACUCUCUGUUGCUCGGAAGGGGGUCUAUAGAUGCGACCCGAACCAUUACGUCAUAUUCACUGACGUCGCCAAAUUCUUACCCUGGAUAGAGGAACAUGUAGAAGAGUACCUAUAAUGUUGAAGUGAGACUGUGAU